AUGACGCUGAAAAACUCUUCACUGUGGUGGCAUGGACCGAGCUGGCUCUCCGAACUUCGGAUUCCAGACCAACCAAAGCUAACAAAAGUUGGUUCUGAAAGAAAGAAAAACGCAGUUGUCAACAGCUGCCAAUUGGUCAAGCCUUCUUUGGACGCACUAUUAGAUCUGGAAAAAUUCAGCAGUCUAGAGAAGUGCAUUCGUGUACUGUGCUAUGUUGCCUUUUUUGCACAUCGAAACCAGAAGCACCCAGAAGAUGGCAGUUACGUUCAUCCAACUUCUUUGACGAAUAGACGCAACGCCCUUCUGAAGCUAAUACGAAACGAACAAACUAAGUUCUUCAGUGAUGAACUAAGGGCAUUGAAUGCUGGCGAAUCAGUUGCGAAGAAAAGCCAUCUUCUGCGACUAUACCCCCUCGUUGAUGACGGACUCAUCAAGGUGGGCGGGAGACUGAGUCAGAACCAAACUCUCGCAGAUGAUCAGCGCAACCAAAUCGUGAUACCCAAGAAAAGUCGACUGGCCAAACUCAUCCUGCAGGACAUUCAUCUGAAGUAUUUUCAUGCUCCCGCAAAUACGAUCCUUGCUGAACUUCGACGACAUUUCUGGAUUGUGGACGCGCAAUCAGCAAUUCGUCACCUCAUACGAAACUGUGUGAAGUGCCAACGAUUCAACGCACGAUCAAAUCCACCAUUGAUGGGAGACCUACCCAAAGAACGAAUAACGCCUUCGCCUCCAUUCACUCACACUGGCGUGGACUUUGCUGGUCCUUUUGUGACACUGAAUGGCAAACAGCUGUCAAAGUCAUAUUUGGCUUUGUUUGUUUGCUUCACAACAAAGGCCAUACAUUUGGAGCUAACAUCGGGUUUGUCCUCCCAGUCUUGUACUGCUGCCUUGAGACGAUUUUGUGCUAGACGUGGUGCUCCAGCAAGGAUGUACUCAGACAAUGGACUGAACUUUGUUGGAACCAAAAAUGAACUAAGGCAACUGCAAAUGAACCUAACCAAGAAGUUCGGAACACAAUCAAUGCCAAGUGCCGCAGAUGAGAUUGGAAUCACUUGGACAAUGAUUCCACCAGGAGCUCCUCACUUUGGUGGACUUUGGGAAUCGGGCGUGAAACUUGCGAAAUCACAUCUGCGAAGAGUCAUGGGGAACAAUGUUUUGACAUACGAGGAACUUUCUACUCUACUAUGCGACAUUGAAGCAAUCCUCAACUCCCGACCACUCCUCCCGAUUUCGACCGACGUUCUGGACCUACGAACCCUAACACCAGCUAUGAUGGUGACAGGGAAAGAAAUGCAGUACCUGCCAAUACCAGUGCCCCCACUGACGACAAGUACACUCCAGCCCUUUGAAACUCAUCCAGCCAAACGCUGGGCACAUAUGCAGAAACUCAUUGGAGUUUUCUGGAAGCGAUGGAGCAAGGAGUACUUGUCUUCUCUGCAGCCACGGAAGAAGUGGACUUCAAAACAACGAAAUUUUGAAGUUGGUGAUGUUGUGCUCCUGAUGGACGAAAACCAACCCCCCUUACAAUGGCCAUUAGCUCGGGUUGUGGAAGUCUACCUUGGGAGAGACAGCCAAUGUCGAUCAGCUAAGGUCAGAACCGCGAGAGGCUGCUACGUCCGGCCUUGCAUAAAACUAAGGAAACUCCCUGUCAGUGUUGAAUGA